AGAGAGGAGGGAAUAGACGAAAAAAGAGAAGAUUUCUCCUCCUUCUCUCUCGAUCUUUCGCCUUUCUAAAAAACCCUAGCUGCACAAGCAGAGCGUCUUGGUGGAGGGAGGGUUUCGACUGAAAAAAAAAAAAAAAAAAAAAAAAAAAAAUCCCUAAAAAAUCUUAUACAACUAGUUAGUUUCUUCCAAGCCUCUUUUGAUUCCAAUCUCAUCACCAUCUUUUUCGAUCAUCACUUUAAUCACCAUCACCCUCACGACUCACCAAGCAUCCAAAAAGAAAGAGAAAAGACGAAGAAUAUCUAGUUUUGGGAAAAAGAACAAGGGACAAUAAUCAGAGAGUAAGGAAUGUUUGAGAUCUAGUUUUGAAGGGAAAAAGAAGAUCAAUUCUACUGGCUGAAGAUAAAAAAACAGUGAGAAAAAGGGAGCCUGGACAGCCUAUUUGUGAGUCUUUCUUGCUUAGGUAAUUUUCUGAAAUAGAGGGGUGGGAUCCUUCCUAUCAAAUCUGAAUCUACCUUCUAAACAUUCCACCAUGGGUGUUUCUAUUAUUUUUGUUGAUUUUUGUUGUAAUUUUCUUCAGGAUUUAUGUUUAAGCUUAUAUGGAGGAGCAGAGAAUGGAGACUCAUGACUCAAAGGGCAAGGGAAAGGCUAUCAACACCCAGCCUUUCAACAAGAAGCCUGAACAAAGGGGGAAAAGGAAGAUCCCCGAAAGCAAUAGACCAAGUUUUGAUUUUUGUAAGAGGUGCGGUAAAAACCAUGGGGGAAAAGAAUGUUAUUGGCAGAUUGGGGCAUGUUUCAAGUGCGGGAAGAUUGACCACUUGAUCAAGGAUUGCCCGAUUCUCAAGGGAGCAAGUCAGCAGCCAAAGGAUCAAGAUAAUAAGAAGCCCAGGGUUCAAGGAAGAGUUUUUGCCAUCACAGAACAACAAACUCAAAACACUCCUACAGUUAUAAAAGGUAAAAUACCUAUCUCUUUUGGGAAUGCUCAUGUGUUGAUUGACUUUGGAUCUACCCACUCAUUUGUGUCACCUAAGUAUGUGCCAUUUUUGCAUGUGGAGCCUGAGACCCUUGAUUGUGUGCUUGUGGUGAAUACUCCUUCUAAGGAGGUUUUAGUAUCAAAAACCAUUUAUAGAUCUUGUAGAGUUAUGGUAGAGGAUAGAGUUUUGUUUGCCGAUCUGAUUUUGUUAGGUAUAGUGGAAUUUGAUGUCAUACUUGGUAUGGAUUGGUUGUCUACCCAUUAUGCCAUGGUUGAUUGUUAUGAGAAGGUGGUUACUUUCUCCGCUCCUAACCAGCCUGUGAUUCGGUUUGAAGGAGAAAAAGUUGGAUCAUUUCCAUUACUUGUUUCUUGUAUGCAAGCUGAUAAAAUGUUGCAGCAUGAGUGUUAUGGAUAUCUGGCAUAUGUUUUUGAAUCUAAAGACAAGCCGGUGUCUGUAGAAGGAAUUUGGGUAGUGGAAGACUUUCCUGAUGUUUUCCCUAAGGAGUUGCCUGGGUUGCCUCCAAAUAGGGAGAUUGAGUUUACUAUAGACCUUGUGCCUGGUACUGCACCAAUAUCCCAGCAACCUUAUAGAAUGGCCCCAGCAGAAUUAAUUGAAUUGAAAAGCAGUUGCAAGAGCUUCUUGACAAGGGGUUCAUUAGACUCAGUACCUCUCCCUGGGGUGCUCCGAUCGGGUUAUUAUCAACUAAAGGUUAAACCCGAGGAUGUGAUGAAGACUGCUUUUAGGAGCAGAUAUGGGCACUACGAGUUCCUGAUUUCUGGUCCAUUAACACAACUUACUCGUAAGAAUCAGAAGUUUGAAUGGACAGAUAAGUGUGAGCAAAGCUUUCAAGAGUUGAAGAAUAGAUUGGUCACAGCACCAAUUCUUGCUAUUCCCGACAAUGGAGGAAACUUUGUGGUAUAUACUGAUGCUUCUCACAAAGGCUUGGGUUGUGUACUUAUGCAACAUGGACGGGUGAUAGCUUAUGGGUCUAGACAGCUCAAGACACAUGAGAGGAAUUACCCUACACAUGAUUUAGAACUUGCUGCCAUAAUUUUUGCACUUAAGUUAUGGAGGCACUAUUUGUAUGGAGAAGAGUUUGAGGUGCACACUGAUCACCAAAGCUUGAAAUAUUUAUUUUCACAAAAAGAGCUUAAUUUGAGACAAAGAAGAUGGAUGGAGUAUCUGAAUGACUAUAGAUGCAAAAUUGUCUAUCAACCUGGAAAGGGAAAUGUGGUUGCAGAUGCACUUAACAGAAAAUCAACUGGCACUUUAGCAAGCUUAAUGGUGAUGGAGUGGAAACUCCUAGAAGAAUUCAAGAAUUUGAAUGUCAGGUUUUUGCCACCAAAGUCUGAUGUACUAGUGUCUAGUCUGAUGGUUCAACCUACGCUGUUGUCAAAAAUCAAAGAAGCACAACAGAAAGAUUCAAGAUUGGUGGAGUGGAUGAAGGACAGUGGAAAAAGCUCUAAAAUGGGUCUUCAUAUUUCGGAUGAUGGAAUCAUAAGACUUGGAGAUAGAAUUUGUGUUCCAUAUGAUGAAGGGUUGAGGAUGGAAUUGCUCCAAGACGCACACAAGUCCAAUUAUACCAUUCAUCCUGGGAGUACCAAAAUGUAUCAUGACUUAAAAGAGACAUUUUGGUGGAAAAGCAUGAAAAAGGAUGUAGCUACAUAUGUGUCCAAAUGCUUGACUUGUCAAGUGGUAAAAGCAGAGCACCAGAAGCCAGGAGGGCAACUUCAACCUUUGCCUAUACCGGAGUGGAAGUGGGAAGCCAUCUCAAUGGACUUCAUUGUGGGAUUGCCGUAGACGAGAAGGCAAUUUGAUGCAAUUUGGGUGAUUGUGGACAGAUUAACAAAGUCAGCUCACUUUUUGGCCAUAAAACAAAAAGACCCAUUAGACAAGUUGGCCAAGCUUUAUGUUCAGGAGAUUGUUAAACUCCAUGGGGUCCCAGUGAGCAUUGUAUCAGACAGAGAUCCAAGGUUUACUGCAAGAUUUUGGAGAUCUUUCCAGAAAGCCAUGGGAACUCAAUUGAAAUUAAGCACAGCAUACCACCCACAAACCGAUGGGCAAUCUGAAAGGACCAUUCAGGUGCUUGAGGACAUGCUAAGAGCUUGUGCAUUAGAUUUGCCUGAGAGUUGGGAUGAUCAUCUUCCAUUGGUAGAGUUUGCUUAUAAUAAUAGCUAUCAUUCCAGUAUCAAAAUGGCACCUUAUGAGGCUCUUUAUGGCAAGAGAUGUAGAACUCCAAUUUGUUGGGCAGAAGUUGGUUAUGGAAGGGUAAUGGGGCCUGAUUUUGUGCAGCAAACAACAGAAAAGGUGAAAUUAAUUCAGCAGAGGCUUAAAGUGGCUCAAGACAGACAAAAGAGUUAUGCAGACAAUAGAAGGAGACC